UAGAUUUGCAAUGCCAUCUACCCCAGAGUUACUCUUUGGAAUGCUUGUUUUUUCGAUGGCCUUCUGUCAUGCUGCAGUCCAAGGAGACAACUGCAUUGAUCCCUGGGGACCUGCCAGGCAGAGAGGAGCCAUGUCCAGGGCUCCAUACUCUAUAGCCCCUAUCCCUCCUCACAGAGGGAACACUUCCAGAGGCACUAAGGGGUCUUGUCUAAUCCUUAAGACAUAACAGGCCCCAGCAUUCCUGCCAACCAAUUUUAUGUUCACAAAUAUCCAUUUAUCACAGACAACCUGUUUAUCAACCUGCUCUGAUGCUCAAGAGGUGGCUCCCUGUCCCUCUGAGCGACUUGGAAGUGCUGUGUCUGACGUGUCAUCUAGCCUGGCAUUGGCCUGAGCCACAACUUCAUGGCUGAGUCUGAUGCCAAGAGAGGGUAACCUGAGAACAUAGUCUUCAGGGAAAGGGAUCAAGCCUGACGCUCAUCGCUCAACUUUCUGCCAGAACCUGUGGGAUGUGGCUGAAGUUAACAGCCUCAACCCAGGAAGCCUGAACAUGGACUCCAGGAGAAGACCCACAGGAACCUGGGGUCUAGCUGCUGCCUCUAUAUCUGUGGUUGCAUCAGAGCACUCUGGGGAACAGCCCUGACUGAGAACACAGCUGAGAACCGGGAGCUGUAUGUGAAGACCACCCUUCGGGAACUUCUGAUAUACAUUGUGUUCCUGGUGGACAUCUGCCUGUUGACCUAUGGAAUGACAAGCUCCAGUGCCUAUUAUUAUACCAGAGUGAUGUCUGAGCUCUUCCUACAUACCCCAUCAGAUACCGGAGUUUCCUUCCAGACCAUCAGCAGUAUGGCAGACUUCUGGGAUUUUGCCCAGGGUCCACUCUUGGACAGUUUAUACUGGACCAAGUGGUAUAACAACCAGAGCCUGGGUCAUGGCUCACACUCAUUCAUCUACUAUGAGAACCUACUGCUGGGGGCUCCAAGACUGCGGCAGCUGCGCGUGCGCAACAACUCCUGUGUGGUGCAUGAGGACUUCCGUGAGGACAUUUUCAGCUGCUAUGAUGUCUAUUCUCCAGACAAAGAAGAGCAACUCCCCUUUGGAUCUCUCAAUGGCACAGCGUGGACAUAUCACUCACAGGAUGAGCUGGAGGGCUCCUCCCACUGGGGCAGGCUCACAAGCUACAGUGGAGGUGGCUACUACCUGGACCUUCCAGGAUCCCGACAGGCCAGUGCAGCGGCUCUCCGGGACCUUCAGGAGGGGCUCUGGUUGGACAGGGGCACUCGGGUGGUCUUCAUAGACUUCUCAGUCUACAACGCCAACAUCAAUCUUUUCUGUGUUCUGAGGCUGGUGGUGGAGUUCCCAGCUACAGGAGGUGCCAUUCCAUCCUGGCAAAUCCGCACAGUUAAGUUGAUCCGCUAUGUCAGCAACUGGGACUUCUUCAUCAUUGGCUGUGAGGUCAUCUUCUGCAUCUUCAUCUUCUACUACGUGGUGGAGGAGCUCCUGGAGCUCCACAUGCACCGGCUUGGCUACCUUAGCAGCAUCUGGAACAUUCUUGACCUGGUGGUCAUCCUGCUUUCCUUGGUGGCUGUGGGCUUCCACAUAUUCCGAACCCUCGAGGUGAACCGGCUGAUGGGGAAGCUCCUAGAGCAGCCAGACACCUAUGCUGACUUCGAGUUCCUGGCUUUCUGGCAGACACAGUACAACAACAUGAAUGCUGUCAACCUCUUCUUUGCCUGGAUCAAGAUAUUCAAAUACAUCAGCUUCAACAAAACCAUGACCCAGCUCUCCUCCACGCUGGCUCGCUGUGCCAAGGACAUCCUGGGCUUUGCCAUCAUGUUCUUCAUUGUCUUCUUUGCUUAUGCCCAGCUUGGCUACCUGCUUUUUGGAACGCAAGUGGAGAACUUUAGCACUUUCAUCAAGUGCAUUUUUACUCAGUUCCGGAUAAUCCUUGGGGACUUUGACUACAAUGCUAUCGACAAUGCCAACCGAAUCCUGGGCCCUGUCUACUUCGUCACCUACGUCUUCUUUGUCUUCUUCGUGCUCCUGAACAUGUUCCUGGCUAUCAUCAAUGACACAUAUUCAGAGGUCAAGGAGGAGUUGGCUGGACAGAAAGAUGAGCUGCAGCUCUCUGACCUCCUGAAACAGGGCUACAACAAGACUCUACUAAGGUUACGUCUAAGGAAGGAGCGGGUUUCAGAUAUGCAGAAGGUCCUUCAGGGUGGACAGCAGGAGAUCCAGUUUGAGGAUUUUACCAACACCUUGAGGGAACUGGGGCACGUGGAGCAUGAGAUCACUGAGCUCACGGCUGCCUUCACCCAGUUUGAUCAGGAUGGGAAUCACAUUCUGGAUGAGAAGGAACAGGAACAAAUGCGACAAGAUCUGGAGGAGGAAAGGGUAGCCCUCAAUGCUGAGAUUGAGAACCUGGACCAGUCCAUUGUGCAAAACCCAGCAGGUGAAUUGGGCACAAAGGCUGCCACAAUUUCUGAAGAUGACUUCUACACGCUCACAAGGAGAGUCCUACAACUGGAGACUGUUCUGGAAGGCGUUAUAGCUCAGAUUGAUGCUGUGGGCUCAAAGCUGAAGAUGUUGGAGAGGAAAGGACAGCCAAUUUCCUCCUCAGGAUUGGUGAGUAACAUUUCCUUGUUCCCCACAGUUGAAACCUACUGUUGUUCCAUCCAGUUUGAGUGGGUAGGGGGAAAGAAUAGUUUUUAAAGUCCUUCAUUUUCAGAAUCCUGGGGAAAUAUUCACAGUGAUCUAUCUAUAGUGGAGGUAGAGCAGGAGUGAAGUAAGGCCUGGGAAUUGAUUGUCCUGGCCUAAGGUUUGGCUUGGCCUCUGGAAGUCUGUGUCUUCAUCUGCUUGAUUUGUUACAUGAAGCAUCAUACACUGUGCCGCUUGUAAGCAACAGACAUCUUUUUUUCCAUUUGGAAGGCUGAAAAGUCUAAGAUCAAGGUGAUGUCAGAUUCAGUAUCUGCUGAGAACCAGCUUCAGGUUCACAGGCACCUGUGUUUUACUAAUGUUAUCACAUGGUGGGAGGAACAAAGGUACUUUCUUUUCAUAAGAGCUCUACGCUCAGGAUCUAAUUAAUCACUUAUCAAAUGCUGCACCCCCUGAUACCAUUACAUUGGGUGUUACAUUUCAGCACAUGAUUUGGGGGGACACAAGCAUUCAG